CUGUUGAGUCUUCAAGCCCAGGAGGUUCAGCAACAUCUGAUGACCAUGAAUUUGAUCCAUCAGCUGAUAUGCUGGUGCAUGACUUUGAUGAUGAACGGACAUUAGAAGAGGAGGAAAUGAUGGAAGGAGAAACAAACUUCAGUUCUGAAAUAGAGGAUCUUAACAGGGAAAGUGAUAUGCCAAUCCAGGAGCUACUUAGCCUUUAUGGCUACGAUGGAACCAUUCCACUGCAAGAAGAUGAUGACGACGACGAAGAUGACGAAGAGGAAGAGGAGGAGGGAGAAGAUGAUGAUGAUGUUGAUAACGAUGACAACAGUGGCUGUAGUGGAGAAAACAAAGAGGAGGCCAUAAAGGAUUCAUCUGGUCAGGAAGAUGAGACACAGUCAUCUAAUGACGACCCAGCACCAUCUGUUGCUUCUCAAGAUCCACGGGAGAUAAUUCGCCCUCGUCGAUGUAAAUAUUUUGAUACAAACAGUGAAAUAGAAGAGGAAUCCGAGGAAGAUGAAGAUUAUAUUCCAUCAGAAGACUGGAAAAAGGAAAUCAUGGUGGGCUCUAUGUUUCAAGCUGAAAUUCCAGCUGGCGUGUGCAAAUACAAAGAGAAUGAAAAAGUGUAUGAAAACGAUGACCAGCUGCUGUGGAAUCCUGACUUCUUGCCAGAAGAUAAAGUGAUUGAGUUCCUAAAUGAGGCCUCGAGGCGUACGGGUGAUGAGAAAGGCCUAGAUGCAAUUCCUGAAGGAUCGCAUAUUAAAGACAACGAGCAGGCAUUGUAUGAAUUGGUUAAGUGCAAUUUCGAUACUGAAGAAUCAUUACGAAGGUUGAGAUUUAACGUGAAAGCAGCCAGAGAAGAAUUAUCUGUUUGGACAGAAGAGGAAUGUAGGAACUUUGAGCAAGGGCUGAAAGUCUACGGCAAGGAUUUUCAUGUGAUUCAGGCAAAUAAGGUACGAACGAGAUCGGUUGGUGAGUGCGUUGCAUUUUAUUAUAUGUGGAAGAAAUCGGAGCGAUAUGACUUCUUUGCACAACAGACCCGAUUUGGAAAGAAGAAAUACAAUCUCCAUCCUGGUGUAACAGAUUAUAUGGACCGUCUCCUGGAUGAAAGUGAGAGCGCUGCGUCCAGCCGAGCGCCGUCCCCCCCUCCCACCACGUCCAACAGCAGCACCAGCCAGUCGGAGAGGGAGGACAGCACCACCAGCAGCAGCAACCAGAACGGGGUGUCCACUAAUGGGCCGGGUGAGGUAGCCAAUAAAGAUGAAGCAAAAUCUGAAGGACUGCAUGUAAAUGGACCUUCCAGUGGUAAGAAAACACCUCUCACGGAUCAGGAUACAAAUGGGUAUGAAACAGAAAACCUUUCUGCUGACCCUAAAAUUGCUCAUUCAACUUCAAGAAACGAAAAUGAUUUUGAAGAAAAAAAUGAAAGACCUCUAAAAAGAAGAAGAAUUAACAGCAAUGGAAAAGAGAGUCCUGGGUCUUCAGAGUUCUUCCAAGAAGCGAACUCGCAUGGAAAGCUUGAAGAACUAGAAACUUUGGAUGACUGAAUAAUAGGAGCUGAUUUUAUUCCUUGGAGUAAAUUCUGGGUGUCUAAAAUUUUCAGGGUUGAUGGGUUACCUUACAAAAUUCAGUUCCAUGAAACAAUCUGUUGAGAUUUUUCUAAUAUCUUUUAGUUGGCUCUUAAGAUUUGA